AUGAUUUUUAUUCGUGCCCUAUGGGCGGCUUUUUGGGUCUCCUCACUGGCGCUGGCGCAGACAAAUAAGACCAUUCAGAGGUUGGGCGCGAAGACGGUCGAACCUGACAUCAAUAAACAAACGGGGGAUUGGAAGCCGGAUUCCCGAUGCCGCCUCCUGGCACAUGAAAGUUUGACUCCUUAUUCUGAUCACUGAGGGACCGCUUCUCAUUUGAAAUGUGAAGGCAUUGUUGUCAAUUCUCAGGGAAAAGACCUGCUCAUCUUUGAUGGAGGCCUCGCAAAAUUUAGGCACAAUUGGAACGGCGAAAACAUUGAAGUUCUUGAACUCAGUGAGUUUCAUUUUUCCCCAGUUCUGACUUCACAGUCGCUCACACAGAUCGAGAUCCCCGAACUGUUCUCAUCGACCUCAGCAAAUCCUUCUCCUCUCGGGAUUUCAUUCCAAUCUCCCAACCAAAGAAACCAUCGGGGGUUCCAGUGGUCAACCGCUUCGGCCUCUGGAAAGGAUCAAAUCAGGAUUGGGUUGUGA